AUGAGCAAUGUCGAAUCGGUGUCGGCCACACCUUCGAAAAUCGACGUGCCACAAUCUGAUUUGAGAUUGACGAAAAAAUCCGCGAUCAAUAAUGAUUCGGCGCCGUUCUUACCAAUACCGAAGAUUGGUAAUCUGCGAAAUACUACUACUUGUGUACAGAAGAAGGUACAUACCGCCGAAGAACCUGAUAAAGGUAACGGAUCACGCGGCAGAUGUGAAGACGACCUAUACUCGUCCGUCCUUGCGAAGAUUUUACUCAGAAUUACUUAG